AUGGUGCUGUUCACCUCUGCCACCUGUUUACUCCCCUCCAGGAAACUCUUCUACUCUUCUAGAAGUGACUUAGUCGUCCUCAGGAAACUCUUCUACUCUUCUAGAAGUGACUUAGUCUUCCUCAUGAAACUCUUCUACUCUUCUAGAAGUGUCUUAAUCUUCCUCAGGAAACUCUUCUACUCUUCUAGAAGAAACUCUUCUAGAAGUGACUUAGUCUUCCUCAGGAAACUCUUCUACUCUUCUAGAAGUGUUUUAAUCUUCCUCAGGAAACUCUUCUACUCUUCUAGAAGUGUUUUAAUCUUCCUCAGGAAACUCUUCUACUCUUCUAGAAGUGACUUAGUCUUCCUCAGGAAACUCUUCUACUCUUCUAGAAGUGUUUUAAUCUUCCUCAGGAAACUCUUCUACUCUUCUAAAAGUGUUUUAAUCUUCCUCAGGAAACUCUUCUACUCUUCUAGAAGUGACUUAGUCUUCCUCAGGAAACUCUUCUACUCUUCUAGAAGUGUCUUAAUCUUCCUCAGGAAACUCUUCUACUCUUAUAGAAGUGACUUAGUCUUCCUCAGGAAACUCUUCUACUCUUCUAGAAGUGACUUUGUCUUCCUCAGGAAACUCUUCUACUCUUCUAGAAGUGACUUUGUCUUCCUCAGGAAACUCUUCUACUCUUCUAGAAGUGACUUUGUCUUCCUCAGGAAACUCUUCUACUCUUCUAGAAGUGUCUUAAUCUUCCUCAGGAAACUCUUCUACUCUUAUAGAAGUGACUUAGUCUUCCUCAGGAAACUCUUCUACUCUUCUAGAAGAAACUCUUCUAGAAGUGACUUAGUCUUCCUCUGGAAACUCUUCUACUCUUCUAGAAGUGACUUUGUCUUCCUCAGGAAACUCUUCUACUCUUCUAGAAGUGACUUUGUCUUCCUCAGGAAACUCUUCUACUCUUCUAGAAGUGACUUUGUCUUCCUCAGGAAACUCUUCUACUCUUUUAGAAGUGUCUUAAUCUUCCUCAGGAAACUCUUCUACUCUUAUAGAAGUGACUUAGUCUUCCUCAGGAAACUCUUCUACUCUUCUAGAAGUGACUUAGUCUUCCUCAUGAAACUCUUCUACUCUUCUAGAAGUGUCUUAAUCUUCCUCAGGAAACUCUUCUACUCUUAUAGAAGUGACUUAGUCUUCCUCAGGAAACUCUUCUACUCUUCUAGAAGAAACUCUUCUACUCUUCUAGAAGUGACAGUCGUCCUCAGGAAACUCUUCUACUCUUCUAGAAGUGACUUAGUCUUCCUCAUGAAACUCUUCUACUCUUCUAGAAGUGUCUUAAUCUUCCUCAGGAAACUCUUCUACUCUUAUAGAAGUGACUUAGUCUUCCUCAGGAAACUCUUCUACUCUUCUAGAAGUAUCUUAAUCUUCCUCAGGAAACUCUUCUACUCUUCUAGAAGUGACUUAGUCUUCCUCAGGAAACUCUUCUACUCUUCUAGAAGUGUCUUAAUCUUCCUCAGGAAACUCUUCUACUCUUCUAGAAGUGUCUUAAUCUUCCUCAGGAAACUCUUCUACUCUUCUAGAAGUGACUUAGUCUUCCUCAGGAAACUCUUCUACUCUUCUAGAAGUGUCUUAAUCUUCCUCAGGAAACUCUUCUACUCUUAUAGAAGUGACUUAGUCUUCCUCAGGAAACUCUUCUACUCUUCUAGAAGUGACUUUGUCUUCCUCAGGAAACUCUUCUACUCUUCUAGAAGUGACUUUGUCUUCCUCAGGAAACUCUUCUACUCUUCUAGAAGUGACUUUGUCUUCCUCAGGAAACUAUUCUACUCUUCUAGAAGUGUCUUAAUCUUCCUCAGGAAACUCUUCUACUCUUCUAGAAGUGACUUAGUCUUCCUCAGGAAACUCUUCUACUCUUAUAGAACAGCAUAUGUCCCUGAAGAGGAGAAGGAAGCAGCUCUGCUCGACGAGGACCUGGAUGGAGCAGAAUCCUUCCAGGAAGGGGAGGAGCCCGCCGCCAAGUUCCUCUGUCAUGACAAAGACUUGCUCCUCAAGGACAGGCCGGUGUCGGCCGACUUCCACGACUCUCCCAACACGGCUGACUUUUCUGGUCAGGAGCUGGACAGCGAGUCCCACCUGAGCGAAUCCAGUGACAGGAUGUCGGACUUUGAGAGCCCGCCGCUUAUAACUGAAGACGACCUUCUCCUUUUUAAAGAUCCCUCAAACACUCUUUCCCUGUCGUCGACCUUCAUGGCCGCCGCAGACAAUGAUGCGACACUAAGUGGAGACAAAGCUGUACUUUCCGCCGCUGGGUCUGUGGCUGAUAGCCUGGAAAAGAUGAAGGCAAUUUACACAUCCUUCCUAAAUAAUUCCUACUGGUCUACUCUUAACCUGAAUCUGAGCCAACCGCCGGUAGAGAAACCUCCUCGAAGUCACAGCAACAGCAGUUGCAGCAGCAACAGUAGCUGUGGGAGCGCAGGCUAUGACUGGCACCAGACUGCUAUUGCCAAGACGUUCCAGCAAGCCUCACAGAACCACCAUAACAGACUAGCCAUGGCUCAGCAUCCCGCUGUAGCUGUGUCAACGCCAUCUACAGAACCCAGCCUCUUUAGCACCGUACAGCUGUACCGCCAGAGCUCUAAGUUGUACGGUUCCAUAUUCACUGGUGCUAGUAAAUUCCGCUGCAAGGACUGCAGCGCUGCAUACGACACGCUAGUGGAGCUAACGGUGCACAUGAACGAGACUGGUCACUACAGAGAUGAUAACCACGAGACAGACAGGGAGAACACAAAGCGGUGGUCAAAACCGAGGAAGCGCUCCCUGCUGGAGAUGGAAGGGAAGGAGGAUGCACAGAAAGUUCUGAAGUGCAUGUACUGUGGACACUCAUUUGAAUCCCUUCAGGACUUAAGUGUCCACAUGAUCAAGACCAAACACUACCAAAAAGUGCCUCUGAAAGAGCCUGUGACGCCAGUGGCAGCCAAGAUUUUCUCCUCAGCUCGAAAAAGAACCCCUAUCGAAUUGGACAUACCCAGCUCCCCGGACUCGAAUGGAGAAGCCACACCUAAGCCAACCUCCCUUGCUGAGUCCGACAUGCUCCAGAAGGCCAACAACCAAUACAUCGCAACCAACAACCGCUACGGACAUCAGAAUGGCGCCAGCUACUCCUGGCAGUUCCAGUCCAGGAAGUCACAAAUCCUCAAAUGCAUGGAGUGUGGCAGCUCUCAUGAUACACUGCAAGAACUGACCGCCCACAUGAUGGUGACCGGACACUUCAUCAAAGUCACCAACUCUGCAAUCAAAAAGGGCAAACCUAUUAUAGAGGCUGCCAGUCCAGUGCCAAUAUCUAACUCCACAGCAGAGGAGAAGUUUCAGUCAGUUCCUCUGGCUGCUACAACGUUCUCUCCACCACCUGCCUCUGCACAUCCUCCAGCCAGUAUUUCGCCCAUAGCCAUGGCAGUGGAGAUAAAAACAGAAGACAAGGAAGAGGAAUGCCCUAAUGAAGUUAUCGUCAACAACAGUAAUCAUGUAAGCCGGGACAAAAUGUCAGGAGAUGAAGAUGAGCCUGAGGAGAAGUUUGACAUUUCUUCAAAAUACACAUAUCUGACUGAGGAAGACCUGGAUGACAGUCCCAAAGGAGGUCUAGACAUCCUCAAGUCGUUAGAGAACACAGUGACCUCAGCCAUCAGCAAAGCCCAGAAGGGAGCACCGAGCUGGGGGGGAUAUCCCAGCAUACACGCUGCCUAUCAGCUCCCCAAUAUAAUGAAGUUGUCCCUCGGUAACUCUGGAAAAAAUUUCCCUUUGAAAUUCAUGUUCCCGGGAGUAGAAAUGAUCUCUGCCGCCGCCAAGAGCCAGUCACUGAUUUCGCCACCGAUCUGCCAGAAGUCUCCUCUGUCCAAAAACAACUUCCAUGCCAUGGAGGAGCUAGUCAAGAAAGUGACAGAGAAAGUUGCAAAAGUAGAAGAGAACAUCAGGGAGCCUAGGGCUGUUGUGAGGUCAUCUCCAAUGAGAACCACACCCUCACCCUGCAGCAGUGAGGCAGGGGACGUCAGAGGAGAGUCUCCCAGAGACAAUAAAGCAGAAAGCUGUAAAAUCCCUGGCAGUUUGUUUACAACCAUUCCUGAUGAUGUCUUUGGAACAAAUCACCAAGAAACAAACGAGGAUAGCAGCAUACCAGAAUUCAUGGAGAAUGGUGUAGAAUCGACUGCAACCUCACCCCAGCCGGGAUCAAUAUGCGGCAGCACGGCCGUCAUAACUGACCAUCUGCUGCCAGAGCAGCCAUUCGUCAAUCCUCUGAGCGCGCUGAAGUCAGUCAUGAAUGCACACCUGGGGAAGGCGGCCAAGCCCGCUCUACCCUCUCUCGACCCGAUGAGCAUGUUGUUCAAGAUGAGCAACAAUUUAGCGGAGAAGGCAGCGGUGGCAGCCUCCACCUCGCCUGCACAGACCAAAAAGUCCAGCAGCGACCACCUGGACUGCUACUUUUACCAGCAGCACGCCAGCAACGACCAACCAAUAGAUCUUACCAAAGGCAAGCAUGCUGACAAAAAUGGCAGUUCUAGCAUCUCGGUGUCCCCCUCCUCAACAGUCACCAUUUCCAAAGCUUCAGCUGCCGUCGCUUCGUUCAUGUCCACUUCCCCCCUGAGAGAGAACGCCCUGUCAGACAUUUCUGACAUGCUGAGGAACCUGACAGAGAGCCAGGUGGUCACCAAGGCUUCCACGCCCUUUAGCUCCGACAUUGAAGGUGCUACUCAGGAGGAGGGGGAGGAGAGCUCGCCUGCUCAAAAGCGCAAAGGCCGCCAAUCCAAUUGGAAUCCUCAGCAUCUCCUCAUCCUGCAAGCCCAGUUUGCCUCCAGCCUGAGACAAACAACAGAGAGCAAGUACGUGAUGGCAGACCUCAGCCCACAAGAAAGGAUGCACAUUUCCCGCUUCACUGGACUAUCCAUGACCACAAUAUCCCACUGGUUGGCCAAUGUCAAGUACCAGCUGAGAAGAACCGGUGGCACCAAGUUCUUAAAGAACUUAGAUUCAGGUCAUCCAGUGUUCUUCUGCAGCGACUGUGCCUCACAGAUCCGCUCACCGUCCACCUACGUCAGCCACUUGGAGUCCCACCUUGGCUUCCGACUGAGAGACCUUCCCAAGCUGUCUGGGGAGCAGCUGCUUUGUCAGAUUAACCACCAGCACCAGCGCCACUUCAAAGGACUCUCUGAAAAACUGCUGUCCAGCCUCCACCCUUCCAGCCACCCGCUUCCCUCCUCUUUGCCCUCGUCCCAGACUCCGUCCUUUCCCAUCUCGUUGCCAUCAUCUCUGCCCUCGGCUGACUCGGCCUCGGCCUCCCCCAACAACGACGAGGACGCUGGUGUAGCCGUGCACCAGUGCAAACUCUGCAACCGGACUUUUGCCAGCAAGCAUGCUGUUAAGCUCCACCUGAGCAAGACUCACGGGAAGUCCCCAGAGGACCACCUCAUGUACGUGGGCGAGCUGGACAAGCAGUAGCAAAGGAUUACCGGCUUUAACGUAACGUUACUCGUUCUGAACAGACCAGAAGAGCAACAGAACCACGCAAGGCGACGGUUUGUGGCCGUGGGGAAAGUUUGGGUCUGAGAUAUGAGAUUUGAAGCUUGUAUUUUGUGUAAAUGACAAGUUUGCUAUACCUCCUAUUUCCACAUCAGCAGAAUGUGAGAAAAUGCAUGCAGGCUCGUGUUCGAUUCCCUUCCCCACAAAGAACAAAAAUCAAGGACACUCUGAACAAAUAAAAAUCUUACAUUUGAAAGAAAAAAAUAUUUUACAAAUGUUUCACGAAAAAACAUUUUCAUGAGUAAAUAAGAAAACACGACUAUUUUACUUUUUGAGAAAUGAAACUAAAGUGUAAACUUCUAAGUGUAAGUUCCUGGUCGUAAUAUUACAACGUUAUUGUGGUAAAAGUGUGCGUACUGUGACAAUUGUCCUAUGUUUAGGAUCCACAUCCAUAUUUAGUGUGGCCAGAAGUCUUGAGUUGCUGAAUGUCAUCGGCUUCCGAGUUCUUCUCUGACAAAACAACAACAGCGAAUCACUCACAAGUAUUUCUGUCAAGUCAGCAACAAUCCUGGAAACACAGGAGGUUGUUCCACUCUCAGUAAACUACACAAUGACACAGGAGGUUGUUCCACUCUCAGUAAACUACACAAUGACACAGGAGGUUGUUCCACUCUCAAUAAACUACACAAUGACACAGGAGGUUG